GUAUGGCUAAAACGAUUAUGAAUAUUAUGUUUCUGGCUAAUAUGUUAAUUGUGCUAAGUAAAAUCCAGUUUUCUUUGCAACUUAGUGGUGGAGUUUGUAAAAGUAAGGACAAAGGUGAAGAUGUAUGUUGUUAUAACUAUGAAAAUAUCAAUGAUGUCUGUACACAGUGCAUAAUUGGGACUGUUUCCCUACAGGACGGACUAUGUUUUCCAUGCAGAGAGAACAAGUACGGCUACAAAUGCUUGAAUGAUUGCAAGUGCGAUCACUCACAGAGGUGCGAUGCAAAAAUAGGAUGUAUUAGAAUGACAGUAACAACAAUAGAUGCUGGAAAUAAAGGUACUUACUUUCAAUUUGAGCGGAACGUACAUAUUUGA